AGGGGAAACAAAAAUCAAAAUGGCCGUUGCAUUUGGUCAGAAUCCGUUGAUUGAUCUCAGCGGCAAGAAACAAAUACCGGUAGUGAAUAACAUAGUUACUGAAAAGGAAACGGAGAAAAGGGAUGGCGAUCAACGGAGUUUACCGAAGCUUUCUCCUCCAAGUUUUUCAAAAAUCAUCAAGCUUCUUGUUGACAAACAUUCAAAAAAGCUUGUGGAUCGUCAUAAAAAUGCAAUAAAACGGCUUGCAGCAGGAAGCAAAAAUGGAUUUAUUCUUAAAGAUUUAGAUUCUGUGGUAACCAUACUGAAAAUAUGUACAGAAUACUGCCAUGUUGAGUCAACCUAUGAACUAUCAAUUUGUGAACUUCUGGAAUGUUUCAGAAAACCUUUAUGGAAACAAAAACUGUCUGACGAAGAAACGUAUUUGCAAAAUGCAUCUGUCUGCUUCACUGAAAUUGGUGAAAUAGCAACAUCAUGUUCGGAGAAAGUUCAAAGAGAGGCAGCAACAUCGAUUUGCAGCCUAUAUAACCUUAAAGCAUCUCGAAUUGGCACGCCUGAUACCCAACCAGUGUCAAGCUGCUUCAUAAAAACUGCUAUAGAAAGAAGCACAUUCUGUAAAGCGUUGACCAAGUGCUAUGGCAAAACAGAGGACCUCGAAACGCGGUUAGAACUUGCACGUGCAAUGAGAAAUCUAUCUGAUUCAAGCUUAAACUGCGACGAUAUAUUGUCAGCUAGCGGAGCAGGCCUUAUUUGCAGCUCUUUAAAUAUGCCGGAUCCGUCGAAAAGAUUGCUGUUCUUGUGCGUGGAAAUUCUUUGGAACCUUCUGGAAUUCGGAUCUGAAGAGGAUGUCAUGAACCAACUGAACUGCGAUGAAUGCAUACAUGCUUUGCAAACCGCAUUUGUGGACCGACUUCGGAACUGUUCUGGACAUGCUGACAGGCAGCUCCGAAAUGAUUUGCUUGUCCUGUCUAUUCUGGUUGCAUCGCGCUGCCCAGGCUCACCGUUUAUUGAGACUGGUUUCGUCAAAGUCUUGUCUUUGCUAUCAGCGUACCCUGAAGUGCCAAGCAACUCAGAACUCGUAAGGAAUCUAAAGAUUCAACAGACCCCUGAAGACUUCGAGCUGAAAAAGCUGUUUUUUGACAUGGUCCUAGUUCUGAGCAAAGAUCCAGCAGCUCUUCCUAUCAUGUCUGAGCAGCGAGUUGUGUUGGGUUUGUUUUCCUAUAUAAGACCAAUAAAUGAAAACCUAAAGACCAACUGGACUCCAGCUCAGUACGAGGAACUUCAACUACAGGCUCUGUUUAUCCUAUCAUCAAUUGCACCACGAUGUCUUGAAGAUUACAUUACCUGCCAAGGGAGCACCCGACUUUUGCUGUUAAUCGAAUGGUGCAUUGGUGCAGAUGACUAUGGUGGCCACGGUAACAGUUUUCAUGGAACUGGAGGUAGAGGCAACAAGAGGGCGCAAAUGCGCUACUGUAUACGUCUCCUGCGCAGUAUCUGUUCUCAAGGUGACGAGCAGGUCCUUGCAGACCUAAGCGACCAAAAUACAAUUGCUGAGCUAGUUGGCAUUCUCCAAAGUGCAAGUUCAAGCCCUGAUGAGAACGAUUCUAUUGACAUCGAGCUGCAAUGUGACAUGAUGUUUAUUUUAGCUUCACUUUGUGACGGCGAUCUGCAUAGAAAGGAGUUGUUUGGUGAAAAUGGUGUGCAGAUGCUUGUGAACUACCUAGGCCGGUAUCCUGAAAAAAUUGUAAGUCCUCUUGGGCAACAUCGCCUAAUGCUUGCUGCUGUUGACUGCGUAUGGUCGUCAGUUGUCGGCUGCUUCGUCAACGAGACAGCUUUUCUGGAAAAAGAAGGUUUAUUUCUUCUUUUGGACUUGCUUGAGGUUUGCCCUGAGAACAUGAGGAAUCUGGUUUUAGGUGCUAUACUGGAUAUUUGCGAAAAUCCAAGAGCUUUGCCACAUGUCAAAUUAUGGCGAGGUAAAGAAGACUGCACUGUUGGUCAGCUACUUAUAAAAAUAUGGAGACAUGAAGAAGUUAACCUUGGUAUUUCACGCGAUCUGUCAGGAGUGAUCCUAGAUGCAAAGAAGCCAAUUUUGAGCAGUCUUCAGGAAAAGCAAGGGAUCAUUUCGCUGCCUUCUUCAUUUCCAAGCCCUGCUGUUGUUGAUGUAUCAGAGAAUAUUCGUGCAAAAAUAUACUCAAUGUUUUGCAAGCUGGGUUUCAACAAUGUCCCUGGGUUGCAUACGUCGGAUUACAUCACAUUGUCGAUCGUUGAAAGAUAUCUAGAAUUUAAGACACUUGAAGUUUGGUUGGAGAUUCGUUCAGAACUGGAACAAGAGGGAAUCAGAGCUAUUUCACCGGACAGGGACUGCAUCGACACCAUCAUUCAAACGUUGGAGGAACGAGCUCAAAGUGUUACUUCUGUCCAGAAAAUGCUCGUUGAAGCGGAGUCAAGUAAUAAUUUGAUUGAUGAAGAAGAAUGUUACGAAAAGAUCAAAGAAAGUCAUAAGCAAGAGGAAAAAUCUCUCAAGGAUUUUUCUGAUUUCGUGGAGAGGACGUCAGAUUAUAGGGUCCUUCAAAAAGCAAGACAGAAACAGCUAGAGACAAUCGCACAUUCACGUCUUCGGUCGCGAGGGGAAAGCAGAGAUAACGAACACACCCAUGAGACAAUAGAUACUCGAAUAAAAACAACGUCAUUCUGCGGAAGGUCGGUACUGAUUGAAAGCACACCGCCUGAAUUCACUGGGAAAUUCGUCCACGAAAAUAAACUGCAGAGAGAACUGGAACAAGAGAUCAUGACAUCGCGAUGAGAGCAUUUAUCUCUGAACUACAAAUUAUGUGUAUAAAUUAGAGACUGUAUAUAGUUUUAUCUUUGCUUGCUUCUUGAUAACUUGAACGACUGUUUAAAUAACUCUUUUUAAAUGUAAGCUGAAUUGUUGAUUAUUAUUGCAGUAAAAUAUCUGAUAACUUCAAGACAACGUUUUUGUCAGUUUAUUUAAAAUGAAAUGUC